GGAGGAAGGCAGCUGCUUGCCUGUCCUCGCAGCCUGCAAAGCUGCCGGCCACUAGUGCCCAUAUGGCCAGGAGCAAGGCCACCCUCUGCACAUGGCUGGGCUGCCCCGGGCUGCUGGGCUGUUUCUUGCUGGGCUUUCUUGCAGGAUGGUUUACAAAACCGACUGAAAAAAACCCCUACUCUUCAGAUGUCUAUCAAAAUGUAAGACAGAAACUUGUGGCUGAAAUGAAAGCAGAAAACAUCAAGCAAUUCCUUCGCUCAUUUACCAAGCUGCCUCAUCUCGCAGGAACUGAACAGAAUCUUCUUCUUGCCAAACAAAUUCAAGGCCAGUGGAAAGAAUUUGGACUGGAUUCAGCAGAACUUGUUCAUUAUGAUGUGCUUCUUUCGUACCCAAAUGAAAAGCAGCCAAACUACAUCUCAGUAAUUGAUAAUCAAGGGAAUGAGAUUUUCAACACAUCAUUGUUUGAACCACCUCCACAGGGGUAUGAAAAUGUUACUGAUAUACUGCCACCAUAUAAUGCUUUUUCAGCACAAGGAGUGCCAGAGGCAGAUCUGGUGUAUGUGAAUUAUGGCCGCACUGAAGAUUUUUUUAAGCUGGAGCGUGAAAUGGGAAUUAACUGUACAGGAAAGAUUGUCAUUGCCAGAUAUGGGAAGAUCUUCAGAGGAAACAAAGUUAAAAAUGCCAUAUUAGCAGGAGCCCAAGGGAUCAUACUUUAUUCAGACCCUGCUGACUACUGUGCCCCAGGAGUAGAUCCCUAUCCAAGUGGCUGGAACCUUCCAGGUGGAGGAGCGCAGCGUGGGAAUGUGUUAAACCUGAAUGGAGCUGGGGACCCUCUAACACCCGGUUAUCCUGCAAAAGAGUACACUUUCAGGUAUAAAGUUAAUGAAGGUGUAGGGAUUCCCAAAAUCCCAGUUCAUCCCAUUGGAUAUCAUGAUGCAGAAGUAUUAUUACGUGCAAUGGGAGGACCUGGAGCUCCAGACAGCAGCUGGAAGGGAGGUCUUAAUGUUUCUUAUAACUUAGGGCCAGGAUUUGCAGACAACUCUUCUACAAGAAAAGUCAGAAUGCAUGUUCAUACAAACAAUAAAAUAACACGAAUAUACAAUGUCAUUGGCAUCCUCAGAGGAGCUGCGGAACCAGACAGAUAUAUUAUUUUAGGAGGUCAUAGAGACUCUUGGGUAUUUGGUGGUAUUGAUCCAACUACGGGUGCAGCUGUUCUGCAAGAGGUUGUACGCAGUUUUGGUAAAAUGAAGAUGGAAGGUUGGAGACCUAAACGAACUAUUAUUUUUGCCAGCUGGGAUGCAGAAGAAUUUGGAUUAUUGGGUUCCACAGAAUGGGCUGAGGAAAAUGCCAGAGUCCUUCAGGAACGGGCAGUUGCUUACAUCAACACAGAUUCUUCUAUAGAAGGCAACUACACACUGAGAGUUGACUGCACUCCUCUUCUCUACAAACUGGUGUAUAAUCUGACAAAAGAGAUUUUAAGCCCUGAUGAGGGUUAUGAAAAUAAAUCUCUUUAUGAGAGUUGGCUUGAGAAAGAUCCUGCAACUGAAAAUAAUAGCUAUCCCAGAAUAAACAAACUGGGAUCAGGCAGUGAUUUUGAAGCUUAUUUUCAGCGACUGGGGAUUGCAUCAGGCAGAGUCCGUUAUACCAAGAAUAGGAAAGCAGACAAAUUCAGCAAUUAUCCUGUUUAUCAUACUGUCUAUGAAACCUUUGAGUUAGUGGAAAAGUUUUAUGACCCCACCUUCAAGAAACAGCUAACAAUUGCCCAGUUACGAGGCAAACUGGUUUAUGAACUGGCAGAUUCCCAGGUCAUUCCAUUCGACUGUAGAGAUUAUGGAGAAGCCUUAAAAGGAUAUAGCAAUAGAAUUUAUAAAUUGGCCAAGAAACAUGAAGAACAGCUGAAAACUUACAAAGUAUCAUUUGAUUCUCUUUUUUCUGCUGUGGUGAACUUCUCAAAGGCUGCUGCUGAAUUUCACAGGAGACUUGAACAAAUAUAUAUAUACAGUCCAGUCGCAGUGCGAAUCAUGAACGAUCAGCUGAUGUUUAUAGAAAGAGCUUUCAUUGAUCCUCUUGGCUUACCAGGGAGGAAGUUUUACAGACACGUCAUCUUUGCUCCAAGCAGUCACAACAAGUAUGCUGGAGAGUCCUUCCCGGGGAUCUAUGAUGCCAUGUUUGAUAUUGAAAGCAAAGCAGAUCAGCAUGAGGCCUGGGAGGAAGUAAAGAGGCAGGUUUCCAUCGCAGCCUUCACUGUGCAGGCAGCAGCAGGGACACUGAAAGAGGUAGCAUAG